AACUCUGGUAGUGAUCUAGUGAAUUGCACCAGAGUUUCCUUGUCUGGCCAUUUGAACAAUGUCCAGUGUGUCAAAUAGCUGUAGAGGAAAAACUUUCUUCUAAGAAACUGUCAUGCUGAAAUAAUCCAGAAACCAGACUGUGAAGAAAAUUAAUGUAUAAAAGAAUUUAAGAGCUGUAGGGUGAGAACCAAAUGAAAAAGAAAGAAAAAAGUAUCUUGCAGCCCACUUUGUGGGAAUUUUGCUGAAGUGGAUGCAUAAAUACACACUGGUAGCGUAUUGCUUUCUUUCGUUCUUUGGUAGAAAAAUGUACAUUAUUAAAAGCCCCCUUUGGUAUUUUGUUACUUUCAUAUUUUGGAUAAAGUUAUCAGCAUUAAGAAGUUAAAAAUAUUUAGAAAAAAUUCUUAAAGUUCUUAUUUGUGACUCCUUAAUCCUAAUGGGAGCUGUGCAGGUCGCAAAGCGCUAGAGAAAAGUGUGAUUAAUGAUCAGUGAUUAGUGAUAAGUGAUUAGUGGUUUUAUUCAAACUGUUACCUCUGACCAGAAGCACGCAUCAGAGGAUUAACAGGCUCUUUAGAUAAAUGCUCAUUAGUGGAAGGGGGAAAGCAAAGAUAAUAGGCAUGCACACAGGGACAACUUUGGAGGAAAAUCAUUCCUGUCUCUGGAAUAAUAAGCAUUAUUAGCAGAAAGGCUCUUUAGUUUAAAAGUUGCUUUUAUCUUGUAAAUCAAAGUUAGAUGUAGACGUUCACUGUGCUAUUAUAACCUAAAUUUUCCCAUAUCCACUGGAUGUGGAUUAUCCCAGUAGUGAUAUUUAUUUAAACAAACAAUUGAAUCUUUAAAGAAACUGAACAUUCACAAAAUCUAAAGCCUUGUAUCUUAAGGUAUCCACUUCUUACAUAGCAAGUGAAGCUUGCUGACAGCUAACUAGAUGGCGCAGUACUGUUCUUUGUGAAUAUAUAGUUCUGGAUUAUGAACUGAGCAAGUAGCUGCUUGCUAGAUGUCCUUCAACACUUACAACAAAGUUGAUUCUGUGCUAGGUUGCAGGCUAGACAGUCCUACAAGUUUUUAGUCACAUUUUCCAUGUCAGUUAAUCUAGUGAGUUAAAGGCUACUGGAAAAUGUACUCUCAUUACUAAAAGAAACGGUUACAGAAAGAAAGUGAGAGAACGGCAAAUAGUACAACCUGGGAUUUAGCUCUUUACUUCGCUGUUCUAGUUAUCAUAAAACACCAGACCUUGUUUCUAUAGAGUUUAGUAAAAUAAGAUUCUGAUGGCCUGAAAUACAAAAAUAUAGAAAUACACAGCGAAGCUUUCUACUCUUAGCUGCCACUAGCAAAGGGAGUGUUAAAAUUAGAUACAUUUGAAAGAAAGUUGACGUGAUGGUUGAACAAAACAGCUCUGACCUGAUUUUAUUGAACAGAUAAUGAUUUAUGAGGAAUCAAAGAUGAACUUGGAGCAGGAGAGGCCCUUUGUCUGCAGUGCCCCAGGCUGCUCACAGCGCUUUCCAACAGAGGAUCAUCUGAUGAUUCACAGGCACAAACAUGAAAUGACUUUGAAGUUUCCUUCAAUAAAAACAGAUAAUAUGUUAUCAGACCAGACUCCUACACCAACACGAUUCCUGAAGAACUGUGAGGAAGUGGGCCUCUUCAAUGAGAUUGACUGUUCCUUAGAGCACGAGUUUAGAAAGGCACAAGAGGAAGAGAACAAUAAAAGGAAUAUCUCAAUGCAUAACACAGUUGGAGGAGCAAUGGCAGGGCCUGGAACCCACCAGCUCACGAAUACUAGGAUGCCAAACCAUGACACCAGCGUUGUGAUUCAACAAGCCAUGCCAUCUCCACAGUCCAGUUCAGUCAUAACACAAGCACCUUCCACAAAUCGACAGAUUGGGCCUGUCCCAGGUUCUCUGUCUUCACUACUGCACCUACAUAACAGACAAAGACAGCCUAUGCCUGCCUCUAUGCCUGGAACCCUGCCCAAUCCCACCAUGCCUGGAUCUUCUGCAGUACUAAUGCCAAUGGAGCGACAGAUGUCAAUGAACUCCAAUAUAAUGGGGAUGCAAGGUCCAAACCUCAAUAAUCCAUGUGCUUCACCCCAAGUCCCUCCAAUGCAUUCAGAAGCCAAAAUGAGAUUGAAAGCAGCGCUGACUCAUCAUCCUGCAGCCAUGUCAAAUGGAAAUAUGAACACCAUGGGCCACAUGAUGGAAAUGAUGAGCUCCCGACAGGACCAGACACCACACCAUCAUAUGCACUCACAUCCACAUCAGCACCAGACACUGCCAUCUCAUCACCCAUACCCUCAUCAGCACCAGCAUCCAGCACACCAUCCUCAUCCUCAGCCCCAUCACCAGCAGAACCACCCACAUCAUCACUCCCACUCGCACCUUCAUGCACACCCGGCACAUCACCAGACUUCGCCACACCCGCCGUUACACUCGAGCGGACAAGCACAGGUUUCACCAGCGGCACAGCAGAUGCAGCCCACUCAGACAAUACAGCCGCCUCAGCCCACUGGAGGGCGUCGGAGGAGGGUGGUGGAUGAAGACCCAGAUGAGAGGAGGCGAAAAUUUCUGGAAAGGAACCGAGCAGCUGCUACACGCUGCAGACAGAAGAGGAAGGUCUGGGUGAUGUCACUGGAAAAGAAAGCAGAAGAACUCACCCAGACAAACAUGCAGCUUCAGAAUGAGGUUUCCAUGUUGAAAAAUGAGGUAGCACAGCUGAAACAGUUAUUGUUAACACAUAAAGACUGUCCAAUAACAGCUAUGCAAAAAGAGUCCCAAGGAUAUCUAAGUCCUGAGAGUAGCCCUCCUGCAAGCCCAGUCCCAGCUUGCUCCCAACAGCAAGUCAUCCAGCAUAACACCAUUACAACUUCCUCUUCUGUCAGCGAUGUCGUAGGAAGCUCCACCCUUACUCAGCUUGCCAGUCACAGAACAGAUAUGAAUCCAAUUCUUUAAAACUGAAUGGUCAAAACUGCUAUGGGAGUGGUAGCAUAUCGGAAGUCCUUCAUGUGAAGGACGUUUUCAUCAUUAACUCAGCCCUGGAAGACUCCUCAACCCUUGAAAGACUAUAGCUUUCAUUUUUAUAGUUAUUAAAAUGUCUUUUAUACUUAGUUUCAAAAAAGGGAGUUAUGCAAUUAAUAUGCUAUCAGCUUGAGAAGUGCUUUGGUGCUUUCUCCAAUUUUUGGUACCAGUUGUUUAUAAACUGAACUGUUUCUGUACAUAGUCAUGUUCCCUUCUUAACAGUCUAGCCUGAGGCCUCAGAAACAUGGAGUUUUGUUAAAUUGCAGCUUGUUAGCCAAAAUGAGGCAUACAAAGUAUUAAAACAGAGUCAGACAUUGGUAACUAGAACUAUUAAGGCUAUAAAUAUUUAGAGCAUGCUCUGGUGACAGCAUAAUAAAAAAUAAGUUAGCUUUGUGAUACCACCGGAACCUCAUCAGGUAUGCAGAACCUCUUUCAGAGAUAAAAAUGCUUAUAUCAUAUGUGGAUGUCAGAACAAAAUCACCCCAAAUAAUACAGUCUCAUGUUUGGCUUUCCACUUGUCCAUGGCCUGUUAAUCUUUAUUCUUCACAUAUCUUCCCUUUCCCUUUCUUAAUCCUCCAGUCCUUUCUUCAAGUUCCUCCUGUUUUUCUUCAUUCUAAAUCUCUCUCUCAAUAUUCUUCACUGCUUUUUUUUUCUUUUAAGAAUAUUAAUAAAAGGGGAAAAAACUUUAAACCCACCCACAAAAAACUGUUGGUACAUCUGCUGCUCUCAAUGCCUUCACUCACAGCUGGCUGAACUUUUGCUUUUUAAAAAAUCAAAACGCAGGAGUUUAAUGCUCCUGAUUUAGUGUUUUUAAUAAACAGCAAAAGUUAAAAGCAGUUUAGUCACAGGUGAAGCAUGACUGAAAGACAGCUGUGUUGAUGCUAGGAGCCUUGUAAGAUUCUGUGGUAAAUGUCCAUGGCACAGGACAAGAAUAGCAAAAUCACACCUAAGAAUUACAGCGGUUUUUUUAAACUGUCAAUCAUUAAUGUAGAAAAUCCUUGAAAUAUACAGCAGUUCAGAAAGAGUCUAAUCACUCAGCAGAUGCAUUGUUCCACCAUCAAAAGCUAACAGCCUAAGAUUUCACAGGCUAUAAAUAAAAUUAAUCAGAUUGAAAAUUCUGAGCAGUUGAAAAAAUAUUAUUAUUCAUUACCAGGUAAAAAACCAAUUCUUCACAGCCAUUUUUAAACAUACAUGGACAGGAUCCUUAGCUGGCAUAUAUUGGUGUAGCUCCAUUGACUUUAACAGAAUGAUGCCAGUUUACCUAGCUGAGGAUCUGUUCAGCAUGAACACCAAGAACACUUUUUAGCUAGUGUACACUGCCAGACUGGUGUAAAUUCUGCUAUACACUGUGGGUGAAAUUCACUCCUCAAAAGAUGGUCCUUGCACUCCAUCAUUUUCUUUUACUUUUUCUUUUUCUGAAGCCACAGACUUGUGCUGGCCCUCUCCAGGGCUGACUUUCAUCUUGGGAUAAUGUAUGGGAAAUGAAGUGUUAAAGAAUAUGGUAGAUGACAGCCAAUUAGUUCUAAUACAUUGGCACCUGAUUUUGUUCCCAGUAAAGUCCAUAGCAAAGCUCACAUUUACUCCUGUGCAUAGGCGACUGCUAGGGGGUACACAGGGGUGCACGUGCCCCCCCUGAUGGCCAACGCUGAUGCUGUCGAUAGGGCUGAGGCCGCCACCAUUGGCAGUUUCUGUGGGUGCCCUGCCAGAUUCAGGAGGCACCAGUCACUCAUGCUCCUGUGGCAGCAAGAUCAGGUCCUUAUUUUGUGAUAGAUGUUCAAACUUUUUUUCAAUUGCAUCUCUUAAAAUAAAACAGCUAAUUAAUGCUAUUUGUAGUAAGUACUCUGCUCCUAAACAUACUUUGCUCUGAUUCUGAGUUGUUGUCCUCAAAGGCUGUUUCUGUUAUUUGAAAGAAGUAAACAUUUUUAAAAGGGUGAAUUUUUUUUGAAAAAAAAUGUGUUAAAAUGAAGCAUGAGGCGCUGUAGCAAAUAGUGCUCAGGAGGAAGAACAAAAUUCUGAGCAUCGUGAAUCAUAAUUUCUGAAUCAGUUAUAUCUUGGUAACUAACUUUUAAAAGCAGUAUUAUUCCACAGCUCUGUUACCACUUAUGCAAAUACUUUUGAAAAAAAAAAAGAUUUUUUUACAUGUACAGAGUAAAUCAUGACUUGAUUAUAUAAUCUAAGAACCAAAAAAAAUUAAGAAAAAAUACAAAUGUAAAGGAUUUUCUAUUAUAUUUUAGACAAACAUAUACUUUUAAAGUGUUUUAAAUACUGAAUCUAUACAUUUUUUUAAAGUCCAGUUGUAAUAGCUGAAUGGUUUUGCUUCAUCAUGGCUACUAAAAAAAAACUUUGUUCAAAUACACAGCUUUAAACAGAAUCUUCAGUUGAAUAUAUAUAUAAGGAUGUAUUGUGUCCAGAUGUCAUAUCUAGAACCUCAUUAUUCAUCCAAAAAACAAAAUGCCAUCAUAGUAUUAAUUUAGCUUCAAUUUUUUUACCCGCAUGGAAAGCACUUAAUUACAUUAAAGUAGAAAAACAAAACAAAAAUCUUCAUACUAGAAGACUCUGAGCUACACUGCACUAAAAUUAAGGUUUGGUUUUACUUAUGUUAAAUCUCCUUGACUGUAAUAUUUAGCUGUUAAAACUAAAGCCUCUACAGUGAAAAAAAAGAAAAAAAGAUAAAAAAAGAAAAAAGAGAAACACACACACAUAGACACACAAAACCCAACAAAAAACCCCACUUGCCCAAGUGUUGUUAAAUUCAGCAACUUGACAGUUUGACUGAUGUGUAUUAUAUAUAGCUCAAUUAUUUCUUUUUUUAAUGCUAACUAGGCAAGCCAACUACACGUUAGCCUAAAUGUGUAAUUACAAUGAACUGUCUCCUCUCUGUACUAUUGGCCGUUAGGUAUAAUUAUUAUUAGUGAUGUGGAAAUAAGUAAAGGAUGAAAGCUUUUUGCUAAUGCUUCUUGUAACUCUAAACGUAAGGUUCAUAGGCCAAAACAACAUGCAGCAUAUUAAUAUUAGUAUGUACAUAAAAGGACCAACCCAACCAGGCACCUUAUUCUUCAACAGGUUAACUUCCACAUAUAAAAUACUUUUGUAUUUUUAGAGGACUGAUCCUGCAGCCUUUACUUCAGCACGUAAUCCUUUCCUGCACAGUCCUAAUGAGAGUUAAGGGUCAGGGCUGCAAGAAAAGGCCCUAUGUCUAGAUCCGUACAAAAUCUGUUCAGCAGAAGCAGCUAGGUUCUUAAGUAUUGUUAAUUUAGGUAGCAUUUGCCAUACUACUUAAUUUGAGGAUAACCUAUAGUUUUCCAUGAGCUACUUACUGAAUGCCGAUCUGUUUUAUUCCUGCCUUUCUUCAGCUAGUUGCAGCUCUGAAUCUAAAGUCACUGCCAGUGGGCUUUCAGAAUGACCCCCUGUAUUUUUUAAUGGGAGUUAAUAUGGAUGAGCCUGGUCACGUGUGUAGUUCAAAAUGAAGCAUCCAAAUGUUAAACAUUUCUGUGUACAACAUCUCUCACUGUGUGACAUUGAAAGUAUGUUGGAAAUCCCAGCCACGGAUGAUUGCAAUACUUACCAAAAGUGCUGUGUUGUGAUUCAAACAUUUCUUCCCCCUCAAGUCAAUUUAUACAAGCCAUAUUCAUAACACUGCCUGUGGGAGACAAGUAGUUUGUGUGCUAUCAUGGUGUGUUUUAUAAGGACAGUGAUGAUGAUGAUUAAUAGAAAAUUUCAUACUAUUUGGAGUUGAUUCCUGCUAUAUAACUAAAUGAAUGCAGUCCAUGUUCUGAAUAGUGGAAAGUCAAUGGUAAACGCCUCAAGUAUAUAUGGAUUUUAGUGUGUUAACAGACUUGUCGUGUUAACUAACAAACCAGCUGUAACUGUUGUUAAAACCUGACUUUUGGGGGAUUAAUAUUUUUUUAAGCAACAAUAUUUAGUUUUUAAAAAGCCUUUUAGUUUAGGUAGAAUGUGCUUUUUUAGAAGCUAAUCACACAUUUUUAAAAGAAGCUUAUAUAGUGAAUUUAUGAAAAUUCAAGAGGACCAAAGCAAAAUUUAAACAGGAAUCUAUUAAUUUAGUAUUCAUAUAGAAUUUUAUAAAGUAUUUAUUAAUAAAUGUUAUUUUAAACACAUUCCAUUUGAACUUUGAACAGUAUUCUUGUAUGGAAUCUGUUUGUUUUGUUUUGUUUUUUAAGUUACAAUAUUAGUUUUGCAGUAAACUACUCUAGGUGUGUGUGUACCUUAAUCUUUCAGGGUCUCGUGCAGAAGUCGUCCAUCCAAGAUGGAAAGGUUUGCUGAGGUCUGUUGUAUAGAAAUUCUUAGGAUUAAAUGUUUUCUUUAAAGCAGCAUCUGCUUUUUUGUAUCAAACAUAAUAGCUGUAAACCUACAAUUGUUUCCUAUCUGUUUGAAAGUGUGCUCUCUCAUUUUAGAAAGCGCAGAUCAGCUACAGGAAAAUGAUACAUAGAACUGGAAAGCCUGUCAUUUUUAGGCUAAUUAUAUGCAUCCUCAAUAGAGAUUAACCCUAUCCUUGCUUCUCUUCUAAUAUCUCAUAGUGAGUUGCACUAUACUGCCUUACCAUUGCCCCUUCUGUCCUUAUCUACUAAGCAGUGUUCCUUAGCUUUAGACCAUUGAAGCUCCAUUAUAUAUCAGAGAAAAUUAUUGAAGGGGAAAGAAAAAAAAAGAUUAAUUUGUAGACAAAAACUAAAUGGUGCCUUCAAAACCAAACCAGUUACAACUAAUUAGUAUCCUAUUUCUACAUUUCAAUUAUUUAUAUUAUUUUAAAAUUGCACUUUAGCUCUCACUUUCUCUUCCUUGUUUUCCCUUGUUCAGUCAUUUAUAAUAUCUUGUAAAAUGUUUGCACCAGAUAUAUUUAUAUGCUCUAACUGGUGGCAUAUCUACAACUUGUCUCUCACACCCCCAAAAGGAGGACUGCUAGGAGAAGCUGAGUACAGCCGGUCUGCAACAUGACUGACUUCACAUCCUCUUCAUGGUGGCAUAUAAAUGUUUUAUUAUGCAAAGCAUGUGAGGCAUCUAAGCUAUACUUAUAAUCUAUCUCAUCUUGAGAACCAAAGUGUCCUGUAUAACAUAGGUCAGGAGACUGGCUCUGUCGUGCAUUAUAAUGCACUUUGAUUGUUUUCCAACUGUAGUAGCUACAAAGCUGCAAGGAUAACAGUGGCCAUACAAUAUGUUUGAAUCCUAAAUCCAUGAAAUGUUAUGUUACUUUGCAACUUAACUAGGGACAGCACCUUAAGAAAAGACUAAAACUUAAAGGAAAAUCAAAAGCAAUAAAAUGUCAAAUGAAAACUUAUACCAAAAACUUGAUCAUCACCUGAAAUGGUCGCCAUAACAUGAAGAUGAGAAAGUUUGUAUACAUGCAUAAUCCCUUCCUAAUACUUGUAGUUAUCUGGGUUUUAUCAGUGGCCUUAUGUUUAGAGCUAAAUUGCUUAUCAGUGCUUGGUGUUUUCCCCAGAGUCUUCCAUAUUUUCCAAAAUUACUUUACAGUAAACUUUAAAGAUUGCAAAAGGCCAAAUGUCAGUAGGGGCUAAAAGAUUAAUUCUCUAAAUGUAAAUCUGAUACAUUUCCACAAUUUUCUUUAGAAAUGAAUUGAUCAUUAUGACUGGCUAUAUUUUAGAUCUAGGAUUCAGAACCUAUAAUCCCUGUAUGAAUGCAGGUUAAACAUUGUUUAGGUUAUGUUUCAUGAAGUGACACUGUUUUGGAGUCCCUCCACAUAUAAUACAGCACUGGCCUCACGUUGCAUCUAAAGACUAUUGAACCCCAAAAUAUCUUUUUUAGCUAAAUCUUUGAAGUAACAGAUAGAUUAUCUAUCUUCUGAUACUGUGUCAGACACUGAAGACUAACUGCAGCUUUAGAGAGCUUGCUGGAAAACAACAAGAGAAGGGCAUUUGAGGGGAAAUGGCUGGUGCUGAUGGAGUCCACCCUUCUCCCUGGACCCUGCUACAUGCCCCCUGCCAGAGAACUUUUACCAUGGUGCCUGAAAGGCAAAAUAGUUUGCACCAAGGUUUUGAUCUGUAGCCAUUCUUCAGACAAACUUACGGACUAUCAAGGAGAACUUUUCCCAAGUAAGGACUUCAAAAUUUGGGAAGCAGUUGUUUCUCAAUCCAUAUACAUGGGCUUUAUUCCCAUCUCCAUAAAUUGCUCAAUUUAAAAACUGGGUAGCAAUGAUCAUUAAAGAUGGCUUCAUUGAAAUGCAGUCACUGUACUGAUUUUUUAAAGAAGCUUUUAGCACUGUGUGGAGUAAACCUCAUCUAAGGAAGUCUGUAUAAGAGAAAGGUGCUGUCACGUUAAGUUUUGGGCUUGAGGUUGUUUGUAUUGUACGCAAAGUUUUUGUGUUCGUUUGUCUGUUUAUUCUGUAAAGCAACCACCUUCCUUACUGGAAGGAGAGAUUUUUUUUUUUUUUUGGUACAUAAGUGUAAAUACUUGCUACAGCAUUUAAUAUGUUUAAUUUUAUGUUAAGCUUUUUGUCGCAUUGUGAACACAUUUAUUGUUACAAAUGGACAAUGAGUUCAUUAAGACUGUUCAACUAGGUCAGAUUUUUACAUCUCUUUCUAGUUAGAAGAGACAAAAUUUUGUGCAUUUGUACAAAUGUUAAUAAUAUCACUGCAAUUCCAAUAUAAUAAAGCACUCAAAUGUAAAUAA